AUGUCGGCGGCCGUGCCGGGUCCGGCGUCCGGACCUAAACGGGCGCAGACCAACAAGAUGGAGGUGCCUCCGGCGCCGCCGUCUUCGCCCCUCGUGCAGCGGAAACGUCGGCUGGACUUGCCGACUUCGUCAGCAGCAGUUUCCCCGUCGCCUCUGAAGAAGAAAAUGGUCAAAAGUCCACUUGUUUCGCGCGAAGGGAUGCAGGAUGAGAGUCCCAGAGCGUCCUCUGGGUCGCCGACCGGGGCUGCAUUCAACGGUCGAGACACGAGCUGCGCAGGGUCUGUCCGGUCUCCCUCGCCUCUUGGCAAGUCGGAAAGUUCUUCAGAAAAUGAUCCGUUUCUUAUCCAAAGUCAGAAGCAGAAUGCGACCAGAAGCGCCGCGGCCACUCAUCUCGCCUCGUUGGUCGUGGAUGGCAAGAUGAUCUCGCCGCCUCCUCCCCUCGCCGUCCGCACAGCCUCCCCUGCCCUCUUGCGCCGCGUCCCGCCCGCCAGCCUCACUCCUGGGAACUUCUUGAGCAGCUCGACUGCCUCGCUUCCUGAAGAGGCGAACGGGGCUGGCUAUCUGGACACAGCGAGCGGCGUGGACCACGUCGCCACUCUUGCCUCGCGAGUCCCGCCCUUCUUCCCGUCGGGAGCGAGGGACAGCAACGACCGGAACGAACCGGGCGAGGUCGGAACAGGGGCAACCCUCGCCUUGCGGCCGUCGCCUGCGGAUCCAGCAAGUGCUCCCACCUCGCCCCUUCGGCUCCGGCGGCCCGCGGUCGUCCCAGUGGUUGGCGCAUCCGAUGGAGCCCACGCGUCCCCUGCGGCUGCUGUCAGGGUCCGCGGCGAGGGGACACCUCAGCGGGUCCACCACAUUUUGGGGACCGCUUCGGCCGCUGCGUCGCCCGUGGACGUACGAGAUGAAUUGGGGCGGUCGCGCACACCGCCUCGCCGCGGGGCUGAGCCGGAGCCCUCCCGGGAUUCCCUCUCUCGCCUCGACUCCGUCCUUCCCGCCACUCCACCACGGCUGCCCUCCGCCGUCUUUUACGAGCAACUCGGGGGAAGAACCCAGUCGCCUCGCCAGAGUCCUGCGCCUUCCUCUCUGGCGCCGUCGCUCCAGCAGGUGCUUGGCGAAGGCACACCUUUGGGGGGAACGCGUCGACCGCGGGACUCGUUUGAAUUCGCACUCGCAGACGAAGCUGCAACCCCCUCGCCGUUUAGCCGGUCGAAGCGGCGCAACCGCGGCGAGGAAUCGUCCCUGUUGCGCGACAGCGCGGGAAUGGACGCUGGCGAUCGAAGACCCGAGACAACCGAGCGACGGGACGCGCCGGAAAUGGAGACCCAGUCCCCGUUCCGCCGCUCGCCCAUCACCGGGAAGAGGCAGUGCGUCGUGUCCCCUCUGCGCCUGACGCCGGCGCGGCAGAGCCCAGCGUGCUUUCGCGACGACAGGCGAGGAAGGACCGGCGGCCCCGGAGAAGACCAGAAGGGUGCCUCCUGUCCUUCGUGGCUAGUGAAGAACCUGGCAGGCGCGACGCCGUCUUUCUUCAGGAGCGAGGCUCUGCGCGUCGGCGGCUCUGCGGCCACUCCAACGAGGCUUUCCCAGGGAGGCGAAGACGCGGCGGCCGCGUGCCCCCACUUCCUCGGCUCUCUCCUUGCUCUUUCAGAUAUGGCUUCGCGAGAGGAGCACGGCGACGACGGUCUGGGGAGUUCGCAGACGGGCCGCGUGCGAGAGAGAAUCAACUCCCUCCUCCAUGCGGUUUCCUCGCUCAAACUGGACGCCCUCGAGAACCUGUUUCUCGGGAAAGAACUCGAGCGCCUCUGGAGACACUUUCGAACGCUGAGAAUCGUCUGUGAUCGGGAGCACGACGCCUCCCGGCAUCUCGGCUUGGCCUCGAAGAUCUUCCCCGCCUUCCAGCGCCUGACGCACAAUGCGCACGCGUCUUCGACCGGAGCGGCGUCCAUCCUCGCGACUUCUCCCAGUUGCGUGGCCACAGCGGCGCCCACGGCGAGUCUCUCCGGCGAGGGCAACAAGCCGCCAACCUCCGAGGCCUUGAACGGCGCGCAGCCUCCGACUACGCGCCAGCUCGACAUCGACGACAUUGCCCGCAUGCUCUGGCUAGCCCCCCACCUCCUUGCCUGGCGGUAUCGGCAGCUCAAGACCCCGCCGGGGACGUCUCCACGUCUCGCCAUGGGCUCCGCGGCGCUCACCACCUCGCCCCUCAGUCGGCGACUGCGCCCCGCAGGCGCGGAGGGCGAAGACGAGCAAACGGCUGCCAGUCCGCUGAGACGCAGUCUGGUCCUCGUCUCCGGUGACCGCCUCGCAGACGGUAUGGAGCUCGAACUUCUCGAGUUCGUUCUCACCCCUGCAGAGGCACAAACUGCCAGUGUCCGCCUCCCGAAACAGGAGGCAGCCGUGGCCGGGCGUCAAACGGGCGACAUGGAAGGGUUGCCACAGGUGGUGCUAAUGUCGAGAGAGAUGAAUCCGAGCAUGCGCCUGAUCCAGUUCCGGAGUGUGUUGGUGCUCUGGGUGUUUCUGUGGCAACUGGAGUAUUUGAAGACGGGGGAUUCCUGCAGCGAUGUCUCGAGGCUGCCUGCAGUGUUUGAGAAGGCCUGGCAGUUUCUCACGCGAGGUCAGUGGGUUCCGGGUUUCAAUCCGGACACAGCUCCUCUUCCUCCGUGCCACGUUUUGCCGCCUCGGCCGGUGAAGACACUUUUGCGGUCUCCGUCCAAGGGCGGGAUUGGGCGAGACAGAGGUGUCGGCGCAGCGGAGGUCAUCAGUCCGCAAAAACCCGCUGUGUCUACUUCGCUCUUGAAGAGCUCGCCUGUCACCAGUGCAAUGUGCGGCUCGCCCGGCGCGUUUCUCAGUCCUCUUUCGCGCCGGCGCCUUGUGGGUGCGUCGCCUCUCGGGUCGCCUGGCCUUUUUUCUGCCAGCACGCCGACAGGGGGAGACGAGAAGGGCGCAGGACGAUCUUCCAGAGACGGGCUCGGCGCGGCCGCGCAAAGUGAAGCUGAGCGACUCGUCUAUCGCCUGUCGGGAGCAGACACGCGACUCUCCACGUCUUCUGUAUCGUCGCGAAUGUCGGCUGACAGUUCCGCCCCGGCGCCCACAUCCGGUGUCUCGACAGCGCGCGUGGGGUCACCGCUUUCCGCCGUGUCGAAGAGUCCUCAAACGCAGUCGCCUUCGCUCCAAACUGCGCCGCGUCGCGACUCCAACGCCGACAUCUCGUCGCCCGCCUCCAGUGUGAGGAGCCCAUCUGCUGGUGGAAGUCCCAUCUCGGAGCGGCUGAGGCAGCGCACUGAGGCACGCCGACAAGCGCGCCUUCAGCAAGAGGAACUCCGGAAACAACGGGCGGGCCUCCAUCAGGAGGCUCGGCAGUGGACGAAUGUGCGAUGGGUGUUGAGCUGUCUGCUGGAUGCCUGCGUGUACCGCGACCCGCGGAAAACGAUCGAUACGCGCGUGUUUGUCGACAUGUACAUCUCGAAAUCCAAACUUCCCCUUCGGCUGGAUGUCGUAGAAGAGUGCCUUGCCACGCUGGCUGGCCUCGCCCCCGACAUGCUCUCGCUGAACGGCUCCGUUGUUGCCUUCGCAUCAAGACUUGAUGCGGCCGCUUUAUUGAAACUCGUUGACGCGCGUGUGGCCGAGGCCCAGAAGGCAGCAGCUGCGUUCGACAAGGGGUUGUAG